AAAGGCUUCAAAAUUACCAACUUAAGACAAAUAACAUACAUUUAAUAAACCCAUUACUAAUAGAGAAUUGAACUUGUUAUCUCAUGACAUUAUUAUUUGCAAGACAAAGCAACAGUAAGAGUAAUCCUAUCCUCCCUUCACAACUUGAUCAAAAUGGCUCCCAUGUCACGACUAUCCACCGAUGCUUAUGAAAACUGCCCUGCGGAUGGUGCUCAUUGGGUAGUGACGGCUAGGACUCCAGCUGCAGGGGGUUUCAGCCCUUUUAGCCAUCUCUCGUUUGAAGACGCAGACUCACCUCUCAACAUUGAGGAGGAGGCGGAGAGUACACAAUCACCUUCUGAUGCAAGAUCGAAAAGUCUUAAUUAUCCUAAUUGGGGCCUGCGUGGCAUGCUUCAUGUACCUUUUCGCGUUGCCAUCAUAUACCGGAAGUCGCGGUUUUGUUUCUCCCCUUGAUGAAGGAGUGCGUCAAUUUUCAUCUCUGAAGGCAGACACGUGGGAGGAUACCUUGAUUGGGAAAUUGACAUCAGGAUCAGACAGGGUUAAGAGUAACCCCUACACAAUCUUACAACAUGCGUCAUCUCAGCUUGUCUUCAAUGAAGCCAUUACAAAGUACUGGAAUCCAAUAGGUGGGGUCAAUAUGGAUCUCCCAUUCAAAUACAAGUCCUUGACAAAUUACCCUGUAAAUGGAACAAAGCUUAUUGUAUUUGAUAAUUGUCCUGACUGGUUGCGCUCAUCACUUAAAGGUAAGAUGAAGCUAUGCAAAUACAGCAACUGUUUGUUGUCAGAGAAUCGCUCAAUGAUUGCAGAGGCAGACGCAGUGCUCUUCAAUGGCAGAUCGAUAACCCCGACACCCCCAACCCGCACCCCGGGACAAGUGUGGAUAAUAUUCGCUUGGGAGAGUCCUGCUAACCUUGCACACACAAUGACCACAAUGCACACACUGAAAUGGAGAAGAGUAUUUAAUUGGACUAUGACAUACAGAACAGAUUCCGACCUCUUCGCGCCCGUGGGGAUGUUUUUACCGACUCUGAAACUCCCCUCGUAUCAUGAUCUUCUGAAUAUCGUGCAACGCAAGACGAAGGCAGUUGCUUGGUUUGUUAGCCAUUGUAAAACAGUUUCAAGACGAAUGGCAUAUGUCGAAAGGCUAAAGAAAAUCAUUGACGUUGACGUAUUUGGACGUUGUGGGCCUGAGGAAUGUCUAAAAUCUAGUCCAGAAUGCUUAAACAUGCUAAACCAUACCUACAUGUUUUAUUUGUCGUUUGAGAACUCCUUGUGUAAAGACUACAUCACGGAGAAGCUGUACAAGACAUUCAACGUGCCCUGCGUCCCGAUAGUCCGGGGAGGGGCCGACUACAAACACCUAGUACCCAAUGGGACGUACAUCAAUGCAGCUGAUUUUUCCAACCCGGAGUCUCUGGGCUGGCAUCUCAAGAGUCUUAUGUCUAACACGUCUGCUUACAUGGACAUACUCAUGAGGAAGGAACAGUACAGGGUUUUCGGGUCACAUCAUGGGAAGCAAAUGGCAUUUUGUGAACUUUGUUAUCGACUUAAUAACCCAGGUACUCUGUGGGACACACAGACAGAUGUAGAGAAAUGGAAAGAAGAAUGCCAUGCACCAAGAGAUCUUGGCUAGGUGAA